AGGGGUGAACUACAUGUGAACGAGAGAUGGCAACAUGAAGGAGUAAAGCGGUUUCCCCCAAUUUUCCGCCUACAGCACUGUUUGAACGGAAAGUACCUGUAAUGAAAUAUAGACAGAGAUACCUGUCGCAAUACCUAGUAAAUGCGGAAAGUUGUCUUACGUUUUCCAGAGGUGUUCCACACCUUGAAUCUUACAAUCGUGAGACCAAAGUUUGCUGCAACAACACCUUGUUUGAUCGUAUCAACGACAGCGACGAGGAACUAGACUGUUGUGGAGGUGUAAUAUACAGAACUUUGGAUAAGAUUUGUUGCCAGUCGAAUUCUUUACAUGAAAGAUAUGUUCAAAGCGGAAAAAACCAAGGAAAAGAACAAAUAUGUUGUGGGACGAACAUUUUUCAGGUGGAUCAAAAUGUUGGCAUGUCAUGCUGUGGGAACAGCUACACAAAGAAUGAUGGUUGCUGCAACCAAACAACACCAUUCAAUAGGACCCAUUCACGUUGCGUUAGGGACAAGGUUGUUCCAUUAGGACAUGACUACUGUAAUGGAACUCUGUUUAACAGACAGACACAAAAAUGUUGUGAAGACUCAUCUCUGUGGACUAUUUCAUCGUACGACGGGUACUUCCAUUGCUGUGGAUCGGAAGUGUAUGAUAAAAGGACUAAACAGUGCUGUAGGGGAUCUGGUGAAAAGAAAAUUCAGCCCAAAAAUGGUCAAUGUUGUGGAACAGGAUUGUACGAUUCCUCAAAAGAACUGUGCUGUAAGACACAAGUGUUCCCCUCCGAUGGCCGACUUCAUUGCUGUGGUAAAGGUACAUACGACCCGUCUCACCAAGAGUGUUGUCAUGGUACCAAUUUCUCCACAGCAAUGCAACAGGGGCAGCAAAUCUGUUGUGAUGGUACUGUAUACACUACAAAUUAUAAUUCAAAAUUACAUUGUUGUGGAAACAAUGUGUACUAUUCAACGACGCACCUUUGCUGCGAAAAUAGAUCCACGAUUGAAAAGACUUUACCCGAUCACACUAGUUGUUGCAAAAAAAAUGCGACAUCCUUUUAUUCUUGUAAGAAUCAGGAAAAGAAAAAAUCCGAUUUUUGUGGGAGGCAAAGCUACGACAAGAAAUCAGACCUCUGCUGCAACAAUGAAAUUCAUACAGGGGCACAUAAAAUGGGAAAACGAUGCUGUAAUCCAGGGACGCUUGCCUACGAUCCUAGAAACCAGAUUUGUUGUCAUGGUGAAGUAAAAAGAAUAGCAGAAAGUUGCAACAGUCCAUCGCCCUCUGGUUUAUGUUCGAUAUGGUCACAGCCCAAGACACAGAGAAUAGGGUUCAUAAACAGCACAGCCGACGUGUGUAGAAAAAAUGGUUACAUAUUAAAAAUCGUAAACCCGAUAAAAGUGUACAACUUAAGUCCGCAAAUUCAUAUUUCAUAUUUGGAUGUAACAGUGAAAGCAAACAUCUAUAACUCCACUAAUGUUCCAAGUAAAACAGAACAACACAUUUUGCUGAUACCCAGUAACUGUACUAAUAUGGACAAAUUAAAAAAGAAGUCAUUCUUGCUCUUAACGGAUAUCGUUUUCCAUUCUUCACAAAAUAUUGUUUAUCUUGGAGAUAGCGACCUCAUUUUCCCACCAAGAAGAAAGAUAGUGCAAAUAGUAAAAAGACGAAUCAAAAGCUGUAGUAGUUACAUUGUUCGAAACAUUCAUAAGAUUUUACGUGGAUGAUUAUGAUUACGAUGUACAGUUUGCACAAACAAUGAGCCCAUCGCGCCAACAUCGAUAUCCGUACCAAAGAAAGGUAUUUUUAAAACAAACUGUAUGAACUUGUAUGUUAACUGCUGUAAAGUAAAGAAACUGGAGUUUUUAAGUACUGGCCGAAAUACAAGAAAAAGCAGAGUAAUAUUUCAAGAGAAAUACUGACUACGAUAAAACCAUUCUGUUUAUCCGUGAAUGUUUUCAACCAAAUUGAGACAGUUGAAUCCCGGGAAGACUGGAUCUGCAAUGAAAUAUAAACGUGUGCCAGACAGAUCAAACACGUAAUGAUAAGAUAAUGAGUCCCAAAAAUUCAUUUGAUCAAAGUAUUCUUGCUACGUGUUCAUUGCUUAAUAAGACAUUCAUAAAUUGAGCUUUAUUUAAUUGCAAAGAAUAACAUGGCAAAAGGUAAAGAGUGAAUUAAAAAAAAUUACCUUGAAGAUGUGUUGUUGUAAAUUGCAAGUGGAGAAGCAAGUGAUCAUUAUCUAGCACACAGACACUGCACAGCCAUUUGUUAGUUUGUUAAUUUAAUUUUAUAUCAUGUUCUGAAUAAUCAAUUAUCUGUUAUGUCUCAUAUAUAUUGUGUUCUUAGGCAAUAUACGGUAAUAGUAUUUGAAAGAG